AAACACAAUCUUGUUCAUCCGGAACCUUUGUUGGGGAAGUUCCGGAGCUAGAGGUGCGACUACGACAGAUUUGGUCGACGGACUGUACACAAACCAACGUGAGUGAUUCCCGGAGAACUGUUUUCAUUGUUGUGCUUUUAAAGAGUCUCUUCAUGCUGAUAGGAAGGGUCUGCAGACUCGGUGCAGCAGCGGGAAGCUCCUGCGCCCUUCGCCCCUUCUCCAGCUCCAGCGUCAUGGCGAAGAGCAAGUUCGAGUACGUCCGCAGCUUCGAGACGGACGACACCUGCCUGAGGAACUGCUACAUCGUCGUGAGGCUGGACGGCCGCAACUUCCACAAGUUUGCCGAGCAGCACCGGUUCGCCAAGCCCAACGACGACAGGGCGCUGGGGCUGAUGAGCAGGAGCGCCCGCUCCGUCAUGGAGGAGCUGGAGGACGUCGUGGUCGCCUACGGCCAGAGCGAUGAGUUCAGCUUCGUUUUUAAGAGAACCUCCACCUGGUUCAAAAGAAGAGCCAGUAAGCUCAUGACUCACGUGGCCUCCCAGUUUUCCUCCUCCUACGUGUUUUACUGGAAGGAGUUCUUCGGGGAGCAGCCCCUCCUGUACCCCCCUGGCUUCGACGGCCGGGUGGUUUUGUACCCCACCAACCGUAACCUCAGGGACUACCUCAGCUGGAGGCAAGCAGACUGUCACAUCAAUAACUUGUACAACACCGUGUUUUGGACGUUGGUUCAAAAAGGAGGGCUCACUACGACACAGGCCGAGGAUCGGCUAAAGGGAACAUUAGCGGCGGAUAAAAACGAGAUCUUGUUCUCAGAGUUCGACAUCAACUACAACAACGAAUCGGCCCUUCACCGGAAAGGCACCGCCCUCAUUUGGGAAAAGCGGGACGAGACCGUUAACAAGCGCGUUAAGCGACCAAACGAAGAGGAGAAGGAGGUUCCCGUCACGCGGAGCAGGAGGACGGUGGAGGCCUACCACUGUGACAUUAUCGGGGAGCAGUUCUGGGAGGAGCACCCGGACAUCCUAGAGGACGACUGCUGACGGCUGCUUUUUACUCGAAGAAACGAUUCCGAGCUCCCGCGAGCUGCAUGUAUAAAGCUGGAAGAGCUACUGGCUGGAAAAUGUGUUUGAAACCAAAAUAUGACCGUUCUCUUUUUCUUGCUGACAGUGCUGUUAUUCUCCCGCAGGUGAUUCAUAAUCCUGCUGUCGUUUAUUAAACUCCUUCCAUUAAUAAUCCGU